CGGAGCAUGAGGGACCGGCUGGCGGAGCUGCAGCAGCGAGUGGCGGCCGAGGGGGACCCGCACGACGACUCCCUGCGCUUCGACAACCCCGCGUUCGUCGGGGACGACGCCAGCCCCGUGGGCCGGGCGCUGCGGGAGGCGGCCGAGCUGUGGCGGGCGCUGGAGCGGCUGGAGCAGCUCUCGGAGAGCAUCGACAGGACGCAGCAGUCGGUGCUGUGCUGCACCUCGGAGGAGAGCAUCGCCCGCGAGAAGAGCGGCCUCGGCGCGGCCCGGGCCGCCUUCGCCCGCCAGGCCGCGGCCCUGCAGCCCCGGCUGGGAGCGCUGCCGGCGGCCCCGGUCGGGGGCUCGGGGCGAGCGGGGCUCCGCGUCCGCCAGACCCAGCUGUGGCUGCUGCUGCGCCGCUACGGCGCCGUCCUCGCCCGCCACUACGCCCGGGAGAGCCGCUACCGGCACCGGCUGAAGGAGCAGAUCCAGAGGCAGGCGGAGCUGGCGGGCAUCAACCUGGGCGCCCAGGACGUGGAUCUGCUGGCCGAGAGCCCCCAGGGGCCUCGCAUCGUCGGCCGCGACCUGGAGGAGCUCAAGGCCAAGCAUCACCUGGGCCUGGCCCAGGCUCGGCAGCGGCAGCUGCUGGAGCUGGAGGCGCAGAUGCUGGAGCUGCGCGGGCUGUUCGUGCAGCUGGAGGGGCUGCUGGCCCAGCAGCACGGCGCUGCCGACAGCGUGGAGCAGCACGUCCUGCGCACCCUCGACUACGCGGCCCAGACGGGCGGCGGGGUGAAGAGAGCCCGCAAAUACCAGCGGCCGUCGCGGCUCUCGGCCCUGCUGACGGCGGCUCUCGGCCUCUGCUCCUGCUGCCCCUGCCUGCCCUGCCCCGGCCGGGGCCUGCGCUGAGCCGGGGCUGCGGGGGCUUUGCGGCAGCGCUCGGGGAUUCACCCCGCGCCGGGCGAGAAACGGCGUCUGGUGGGAGGGAGGAUGUCCUGUGCUCUUGGAACAGCGGGGCAGGAGACGUGGACACCUUGUAUGGUGGUGCGAGGACCAUGCGUACCUUGUAAAAUGGUGUGAGGGCCAUGCACGCCUUCCUUGAUGGCACAGAGACCAUGCACGACUUGCUCAGGGAUGGAGGGUCCAUGCACACCUCACAUGGCAGCAUGGGGAUCACACACAGCUUCCCUGAUGGCACAGGGACCAUGCACACCAUGUCUGCUGGCACAGGGACCGUGCACACCUUGGAUGGCAGCACAGGGACCAUGCACACCAUUUCUGCUGGCACAGGGACCAUGCACACCAUUCCUGAUGGCACAGGGACCAUGCACACCAUUCCUGAUGGCACAGGGACCAUGCACACCUUGGAUGGCAUCACAGGGACCAUGCACACCUUCCCUGAUUGCACAGGGACCAUGCACACCUUGGAUGGCAUCACAGGGACCAUACACACCAUUCCUGAUGGCACAGGGACUGUGCACACCUUGGAUGGCAGCACAGGGACCAUGCACACCAUUCCUGAUGGCACAGGGACCAUGCACACCUUGGAUGGCAGCACAGGGACUGGCUGCACCUUGCACAGUGAUGGAAUAACCAUUCACACCCCACCUGGAAGCACGAGGACCAGGAACCUCGUGCACGGUGGCACAAGGACUGCCAGCACCUUUCCUGGUGGCACAGGGACCCUGCACACUUCGUGUGGAGCACGGAGACCAGGCAGACCUUGUGCAUUUAUAUAAGGACAAUAUGCACACCUUAUAUAAUAUAAUGUAAAGAUCAUACACACCUUGCUUGAUGGCACAGGGUCCUUGCACAUCUUGAUGGCAUCAUGCACCUCCAUUGCAGCACCCAGCCAAGAAAAGCACUUUUAACACUCCAAAACCUGACUUCAGAACUGUCACAUUCCUUGGUUUCAAGGAGAGAGGGCAAAAAGCCUGUUGAAGUUUUUGGCAGGUCUGUGAUUACAUGUGAAGGAACCCAAUGGUUUGGUGCCACCAAGGAGCAGCAUGAAGGUUCCUCCACCACACCCCAAUCCUGAUUCACCCCACUUCCUCCAAUUUCUGCUUCCUUGGGGUUAUUUGGUGCAUUCAUGUUGCAUUUUGGUCGUUGCUGGUUUGUCAGGCAGUGGGUCAGCUUUGGCCUGGGUGUUCCUCAUGGCUCAUCCCAUGCUCUGACACCAGGAGAGGAUUUGCACAAUUGGUUUGGGCAUCUGCAGGCUUUUACUUCAACCUGCACUUUGCCAAACCAGCCAAUAUCCUCCACGUGCUGGAAAUGCUGGAAACUUAGAGUGGCCCUUUUUUCUGGUCCCCAUAUCACCACCUGAAUUUCCCAAAACCUCACAAAUUAAAGCCUGGGGCCUGGUUAAGUUUUUUGGGACCCUUUGUGGAAGGUCCCUCUGUGUCCUGGCAGUUCCUGGCAGCUCAUCCCAGUGCUCUCAGCAACCCUUACAUUUAUUUUCAUCUUCUGGCUGAGCUUUA